AUGAAACACGCUUGCGAAGUGGAAUGCAUUCCCGCCUGGACUCAACUGUGUCUACGAGCGGAUGAUGCAGCAGAUCCUAGUGUUGCCGAGGAUCUUGAGUCAGUACAGAAGGUGAUAGGUCUGAGACACUAUCUACUUUGUACCUCAAUCAGCAAAGAUUUUCUAUUUGCAAAGGCCGCUAGCGAAAUCUUUCCUUCCAGAAUAGAGGCCGCCCACUACGCAGCCUUCUCAAGGUCGCUCGAAUUCAUAUCGGCACUUCGGCGAGAUAUGUACAGUCUCCGUGAGUUAGGGGAUCCUGCCGAGCUAGUGGAACUGUCAGACCCAGAUCCCUUAGCGGUGUCACGUUACUCUCGUAGCUCCGCUGCGACUUUCUCAGUUGAGCUGCGAGACGGGGGCGGCGUUCACGAAUUCAGCCUGUCGAAGGGGGUAGUCUCAAUAGCAAAACUCAAGAUAUUAGUUAACGGACGAGUAGAUGCAGCUGUGUUUAAUGAACCAGCAUACGCAUCUGCACUUCUGUUCAGUCCUGCAUACAACGUUAUCAGGGCCAGAUAUAGGAGAUGGAUGGAGUGGUGCCUCCAGACGCUCAAGCGGUCUAUAUCAGACGGCACGGACUUUGGGGCUAAAUACAGCUCGCUUCAUAAGCCAAUAGGCAAACAGCGUCAUGUCAGCGACUCUGGUGUGCAAUUCACAGAUUUGCAAUGGCUAAUGGGUGAAAUUUUACAUACCCCCAUCGAAGCACCCCUCCUGGAACACCUCUUAGGAUACCUUGUAAGCCGCCUCACAAAAGAGCUGUCGCACGUGAAACUGGUUCACGUGACCCAGCGCAGGGUGAAAGUAGGUCCUUCACCUCUCACCCUUUUCCUGGACCUUACACCUCACCUCAAUCUGCCUAGCUCUAACCCUGCGAUAAGAACAACAGGAAUACCUUUUAGUCACACGAUAGUCGAAUGCGUGUCGUAUGCAUCUCACCAUAGUCGUAUGCAUCUCACCAUAGUCUAUGUUGCCAAGACUUACCCACUUAUUUCGCAUAUAUAUAGACUCCUACAAAGCACUCCUCUAGCAAUCAAUGCAAUCCAUUAUGAGCCCGGCAAUCGCUUGCUAGUCAAUCGAGCUGUUUUCAAACCUAUACUAGGGAGAGCUCCUUUAACACCCUGCGUACAAUUUCUCUACUUCGCUAGUCGCAUCAAUCGCGACCUCUACAAUCUCCUAAGUACGCUACCAAAGCUCUCAGUCGAGCAUCUCAAGGACAAGCUCGACAAGCUCGUCCACCUCAAGGACAAACUCGUCCACCUCAAGGACAAGCUCGUCCACCGCAAGGACAAACUAGUCUAUCGCAAGGACAAACUCGUCCACUGCAAGGACAAACUCGUCAACCUCAAGGACAUACUCAGUGUCAUUUUAAAACAAAACAAGCCUUCUGUCUCUAUCAAAGCUAGAGAAUCUAAUGGCACCUACCACGAAGUAAUAAUCAGCCGUAGAGCUGCUGGUAGCGCUCAAAAUUAUUCAGGCUCGCCACCCAGGUCGGUGCCUUUGAUCGGAACGACUGCCAAUUCUAGCUAG